CCUAAUUGUUGUGAUAAACUUAUUAAAUAGAAACGCUAUGGUUACGUAGAGAAUGCUAAGUAUAUUCGCCUACGGGGGACAUUUCGGCCGGCCUUUUAUUCGAUCGUUUCGCCAGCAGCUGAAAGAUUCAGAGGAAAGACAAAGAAGAGAAAAUUUGGCGCGCUUGAUUACAGCCUCUUGUGGGUUUCCUAAGAAGUCAUCGAUACCGGGCCUUAGCACAGCUUCGGGAUGCGCUACUCAGAAAUUGGGGACAAGCAGUCCCCUUACAAUGGUACCAUCUACUGGAUUCAUUUUGCAUCACACACAAGACGGAAUUUUUGGUGAUGAUGCUUGGUUCGUUGCUGACUAUGAUACGACGCAAGUGAUUGGAGUGGCGGACGGUGUUGGCGGAUGGCGGGACUACGGGGUGGAUGCGAGUGUGUUCCCCCGACACCUCAUGCAACAGUGUGAGCGGGUAGUGAAGGAGGGCAGAUUCCAGUCCCACAACCCCUCCUCCAUCCUCAGUGGGGGCUACGACGCCAUGGCUGACAUGAAGCAACCCAUUAUUGGCAGUAGCACAGUGUGUAUUGUGGUACUGGAACGACUGAGGAACACUCUCUACUCUGCUAAUCUGGGCGACUCCGGCUGUCUGGUGGUGAGAGGGGGCAACAUAGUCCACAGGACAGCCGUGCAGCAGCACUUCUUCAACACCCCCUUCCAACUGGCCAUGCUGCCCCCACCUGUACCAGGAGAAGCGGCGGGGGGCAUACUCAGCGACAGGGUGGGGGACUGUAGCGAGGAGAGGUUUCAGCUGCAGGUGGGAGACAUUGUGAUGGUGGCCACAGACGGACUGUUCGACAACCUCGCUGACUCACACAUUCUCAACGAGCUGCACUCGCUCCACAGAAAGCCUCCUGAUGAGAACCUGUUGCGCGACACGGUUGAGCGACUGGCUACCAAAGCGAGGAAGUUUUCUCAGGAUCCCCACUACAGUUCCCCCUUCAGCAAACUCGCACGUCUGGAGGCGGGACUCAACAUCACAGGGGGAAAACCAGAUGACAUCACGGUGCUACUAUCCUGGGUGGCACCUCCGGGACAACAAGCGAAGACUGUGACAUCUACAAGAACAUCCGACAGAUCCAGUACGGUAGGAACGUCGACAACUCGCACUCGGAGUCCAGUCGGGGGCUCCUCAACAAACUUGCAACAAAACUUCUCGGCUGGUCCGAGCAGUUCGCCAAUUCCAAUCCCAAGUGUCGCUGCUGUUAAUACUGCGGCGGCAACAUCAGCCGCGGCAUCAUCUCAGAGUUUAACUUGCACAUCGUCGGUAAACACAAUACGAGACCCAAAUGGAAGAAGACGCGCCGGUCAGCCGACAGUUGUUGUCGAGUGUUGCGCAAGUUCCUGGCCUGGAUCCCAAAGUGGGUUCGGCCUGGAAGACACUUUCUCAGGUGACAGAAUAUCCACCAGUUUCAGUAGUCUAGAUAUAAACAACCCCACUAACCAGAGCUAUGCUCUAACUGCCAGCCACAGUAGACGCAAUAACAACCAGAGCACUACCAAUAAUGUAUCUGAAGUGAAGCCGAAACAGUCCAGCAGGCCUCACAGGUCUUCGUCACGGACUCGAAACGAGAAUAACUUUUUCCAUGCCAUGGAUUUUGCCACUAUUUAAUCUGUACAAAUGAUGUCUGUGAAUUGACUAGAGCGUGAAUUCGAGUGAAUAUUUUAAAAUAACCGAUGAUACACCCAAUCACAAUAACCAAACCACAUGAUAUAACAAACAUUUCCACCCUAGUGACGAAAGGUAAAUGGCGAUCAUGCAAACGGUGAACUUGACCAUUAAUUUAGAAUUGGCUGAUGCAAUCGGUGCUCAUUGUUGAGCACCUCAACCUCGAGGUUUCAAUUCGACCAAAGUUCAGCUCAAUUCGCUUCAAAAAAUCUUUAAAUUAGACAAUUAAAUGU